CUUGGCAAACGAUUGGCAAUAAUAGGAGUUCUCAGAACGAGAGCAAAUGCCAGGCAGCAUGUCGUCCGCAUUGAGAGUGCUUUUCCAUGGCAUUAGGACAACAUUUGGAUCUGGCAACUAAGAGCACAAACUAGCACCGCCUGUGGUCAUUACCAUGACGCUUUUGCAAAGACUUCAGGCCAUGUCGGCCACCACAACCAGGACAAUAUUGGAGGGCAGCAGCAUCAACAUCGGUGGCGGGACAAAGGAACCCCUGGCAGGCGGCAAACUUCCCGUGCUGGAGGAAUCCGCUUCACAUGCCCGAUAUUUGAAAUUCAUAGCCGAUGGGCUCAUCGACGAGGGUUUGGGCAGUGCGGUGGGCAGUGGUAGCAGCAUUGCCGUAUCCGUCGAAGAUGUAGUUGCUGGACAGGCACAGGACAUUCAGGCGGGCGAAGGAUCCACCGACGACGCCGAUGGCAGCAGCCAUUUGGCAUUAGUCUUCGUCAAGUGUUUCAUUAUUGGUUUCAUCAUACUGGCCGCCAUCCUGGGCAACAUGUUGGUGAUUGUGUCCGUCAUGCGCCACCGGAAAUUGCGCAUCAUUACCAACUACUUUGUGGUCUCUUUGGCCGUCGCCGACAUGCUGGUCGCCCUCUGUGCGAUGACAUUUAAUGCUUCCGUCAUGAUCUCGGGCAAGUGGAUGUUUGGAUCCGUGAUGUGCGAUAUGUGGAACAGCUUCGACGUCUACUUUUCCACCGCCAGCAUCAUGCACCUGUGCUGCAUAUCCGUGGACAGAUACUACGCCAUCGUCCAACCGCUGGACUACCCUCUAAUCAUGACACAGCGGCGUGUGUUCAUUAUGCUUCUGAUGGUGUGGCUGUCGCCGGCGCUCCUCUCGUUCCUGCCCAUCUGCUCCGGAUGGUACACAACGACCGAGAACUACAAGUAUCUCAAAUCGAAUCCGCAUAUAUGCGAGUUCAAAGUGAACAAGGCGUACGCCAUAGUCAGCUCGUCGAUGAGCUUCUGGAUCCCCGGCAUCGUGAUGCUGUCGAUGUACUACCGCAUUUACCAGGAGGCCGACCGUCAGGAGCGCUUGGUGUACAGAUCCAAGGUGGCCGCCCUGCUGCUCGAGAAGCAUCUGCAGAUUAGCCAAAUUCCCAAGCCGCGACCGAGCAUUCAGGUGGAGCAGUCGACCAUCUCGACGAUGCGGCGGGAACGCAAGGCCGCCCGUACCCUGGGUAUCAUCAUGAGCGCCUUCCUCAUCUGUUGGCUGCCGUUCUUCCUCUGGUAUAUCGUCUCCUCGCUGUGCGAUAGUUGCAUCACCCCGCGCCUCCUCGUUGGCAUCCUGUUUUGGAUCGGCUACUUCAACUCGGCCCUGAACCCCAUUAUUUAUGCAUACUUCAACCGCGACUUCAGGGCCGCCUUCAAGAAGACCCUAAAGAGCCUUUUUCCCUACGCCUUCUACUUCUGCCGACGCGGCAGGGGCCGGGAUGAUGACCGGGAUCUGGAGUUCGGUGGUCCCAGCCGUCGGGGAACUAAUGGAGCCCGUGCCGGAUCCGGUUCCGCUGAGCUGCCCAACUGUGUAAACUCCACGGCUUCGUCGGAGAUUCACAUGAGCGUGAUGCGUGCCCGCCAGUAUGCCGUCAAUGUCACGCCCACCACAGAUGCCCAAAUGCAGCAGCUGCAUCCACUCUACAGCAACUAAAAACCAUGGCGUAUACUUGAUUUCAUCUCCAGUGCUUCACACAAAAACGUCUGUUCAUGAGUGCGCAAGUGUUCUCUAACAAAGCAAAAAAAAGAAAAGAAAAACCAGAUUGCCAGCUUACAAAUAAAUUACUCGACAAAAACAUAUCUCAAAAUGGCUGCUAAGAGGGCUAAAAUCAAGAAUUUAACCACAAAUAAUAAUAGCUAAAGCAAGAACAGCAACGGCAACAGCAACAGCAACAAUACGACAAUCCCACAGAUUAAAGAAAGCCUUCAAGAACAGCAAAUUGACGUGCAAAAUGAAUUGAAAUAUAUAAAUAGAAAUAUUUCGACAUACACAUUUAGGUGUCAUGGAGUCAGGAAUUUCAUAAAAGAGAUGUUUAUAAUUGCCCAUGCAAAUAGAUAUAUGAAUUGAGUGUUUGAUAUACGUAUAUAGAAAGCUAGAUGUUAACCCAAAUAAAAUAUGAGAUAUGCAUUGAAAUAAUACUCAAAGGGAAAAAAUGAAAAUAAAAGUAGGUAAAGUGCAGGUUGAAGGUCUGGUUGAUUAAUUCUUUUUAAUUUAUCUUUUACAGAACGUUUCUGCACUUUAUAAAUAUCCAAAUUUAGGUUGAAUAUCUCACAUUUUUGGUUUAUUUUAUUCGACUAGCGAAUAAAGACUGAAUAUUUAUUUCAAUUCAGUAACAAGCAGUUUUGUAAAUACUCAAAAUCCUCAACCAGGUCUUAAAUACUGCAUUAAAUCCCCCACAAAUUGAAUGUUAUUUUAUAGCAGAGUUUUCUUAUUUGUUUGUAUAACUCUGCAUUCUGCAUUCCUUAAAUUGCAGUGACAAAGCUCACUUGAUUCGUUCAAAGCAUUAAGAUAAUCGAGUUCAUUAAAUUAAAAUCAAUUAAAGACGUCAUAAUACAUAACCAAAGAGAUUCAUUCGUAUAAACUAUUUAUAUAUAUAUAUAAUAUAGAGAAAAACUAAAGCACGACUAACAUAUCCAUUGGGUCUUUAGCCUCAACUUUGAUGUUUCCCGACUCUAAGUCCACCACUGUUGUUGUAGUCGAAUUAGCGCUAUAGAGCUAUAUAUAUUAUAUACGAACUAUACCUGUAGCUAAAUGCGUAUGUGUACCUCACUCUCUCACUCUCUCUCUCUCUCUGUCUCUCUCUCUCUAUCAAUUAGAUGCAACUGACAUUCAUGGAACUGUUUUGUAAUCUUUGGAGGGAGUGUGACUAAUUCCUAAAAAUGCUAUUUAUUCUCCUGCCUGGACAAUCUUAACGAAGCACAAUAAACUAGACUUUCAGACUUAAAGCCUUUUUAGUUAACUUUCGCUUUCGUCUCGAAAAAUUAGUUGAGUAUGAGAUAUAUAAGAGAAAUUAUCAGUAACUGCCACGCCCCCCAGCGGCCCAUAAAUCAAAGGUGGUUCAGUGGAAAGCUGGCUAAAAUUGUUUGCCUAAAAUAUCAAAUCGUUGCAAAAAAAGAUAUAUACGUUGUAUAUAUAUAUAUUAUGCCGACUUUUUCUUACGAUUCACAGUCAUUAUUUAAAGCGCCGGCUUAAGAGCUCACCGCCGUCGACAAAUGAGAAUCUCCCCGUCUCUGUCGGCGUGAUUACACCUACACCCCUCCCCAUUCCCUUCGCUCCUUCUAUGGGCGUGUCAAUAUUUGCUUUAUUUAACUCUCGGCACUUUGUUUAAACUGCGGAACGCCCAGGAAAAAGUUGGCAGUCAGCAGCGUUGAUAACAUUUGAAAUGUAGCCAAAUAUUGUUAACUAAAUUAACGUCCAACGAUAAGACGUUGAAGUACAAAAAGCGAAUGCUCUUUAACAGUUUAACAUUUUUGCUUUUAAACUAAAAUAACUUAAAUAUAUUUAUUUUUGGUUACAUAAGCGAUAUCUUUGUUGCCACAACUGUUUCCAAGUACAUUGCACUUUCGUAGGCGGUGCAUCAGUUAAACGAGGAAAUAAAGCAAACUGAAUACAGCUGUGUUAAGAUAACGCCAUCUAUAUUUCAUUUAUAUCACUAAAUAUUAUUUCUAAAUUUUAUUGAAAAAUACAUUAAUCAAACACAGCUGUAUAAAAAAACACAAAAAUUUCCUUAUUUUUAGGUUUCGUAUUUCCUCAUUUUAAUUAUACCCCAAAUUAGGGUAUUUUUUUCGAAAAACUGUGGCACGUGUCUGUAAACCACCUGGAUCACAGCAGCAAUAACAAUCACAACAACAACAACAACAAAAUGCCAUAAUUAACAAAAAUACGAUUUAGUUUAACCGCAAAUUGGCAUGUCAACUCAUGGGAGCAUGUGACUUUGAAAUAAAGGCAAACUAAAAAGUUCGCGUUAAUGUCGAAAAAGUAAAUAAUUAAAUUAUGGCAAUUAGGUAAAGCUCACGACGAUUACAGUCGCUGGAAAAAGUAUGCUGGCGAGUCAUUCCAUGAUGCAAUCUCAAGAUAAGUUCCCAUUACUUUUCCAUGGAUGACAAUGACUUGAGCAACUAUUAAUUCUGCCAGCGACUGUAUUAUAUGAUCUUAUAUGACUGAUUCAUUUCAUUUUUGACAGUGAAUGUUGCUGGUAGAAAUACAAAGUACCUAAGAUACAACAAACAUUACAAAAACAGCUGAAAGAGGCUCAAUGUUCAAAUGCACUCAUAGUAAUCGAAAAUCGAAGCCAAACAAAAAUUAAUAAUUAAAUGUCCAACAGAAACGCCGGGCUAAAGCUUAUUUUGUAACAAAAAAUACAAACUGAGUGUCUAAUAAUAAAGGGUAGUCGAAUAAUUGUUAAAUAUUGUAUGUAUUAUGCAUGUUAAUAGAAGUCAAUGCAUUAAAAAGUGAAAAAAUAAAAAGAGAAUUUUAAAAGCAAACCACAUGAAGGUAAUUACAAAUUAAUGCGAAAUUCAUAUAUUCAUACGUAACUCGGCCGCAUGGCAUUAAAUAAAAAAUACAAAUAAAUGUGACAACCAGAGGCAAAUGUUAAUUAACUUGUGAAAAAUAUUUACAAAACCAAAAACAAAAAACGAACGAAAAAAAAGUAAAAGCUAGCACAGAUCUUGUGGUCGAUUGUCGGUCAAUUUCGGAAUUGUACUCAGAUACCUUCCAAGUUUCAUGAGCAAAAGGAAAACAAAAAGAAAAAGAAAACCCCCUCGACUUAAGUAAAUGUUAACAUGUGCGUUUUUCAGUGGAAACUAUAUUAAAUUAUACAUAUAUAUUUAUUAUACAAAGGGAUAUGUUUACGGUGUAUGCAUGUAUUGUAUAUAGUAUCUCGAUACAUAUAAAUUAAUGAAAUGAAGCAAUUACAAUCGUAUGGAAUAAAAGAAUAAAAGUAAAGGUAAUAAUAAAAAGGUUCAAAACAUCA